UCCAAUUAAAAUGGCGGCUACUAGUAAAGGAAUGCGAAACUUUAUCAAAUUCUUCGUUUUGGUGGUGUUAGUAGCUGAAGAUGUAUUCUCAGUAAAUGUUCCGCAGCAAUUCGUGGGCGAUUGGUACUCUUAUGAAAAUGGCGAGGGAAUAACUACCAUUAUCUCCGAUGCCAAAUUAAAGAACAAAAACUAUGGAGGAGAUGUCCAGAGCUUUAAAAAGAUUGCCGACAGUCAUCCUAGCAACUUUGAUGCUUAUGUCUUGUUUUACCAGCCACUGUCAACAUCAUCGAGUGACUGCUACAGGUGUUACGAGCUUCGAUACAAAACACCAAACAUUCUACAAACGAGAUACAGUUCCUGUAACCGAGACUCUGACUUUGAGAAAGUGUGUCAAGAACUGUAUGACACAACUGGUGUACAGUAUGUGACAUAUUUCCGCAAGGCUUUGAAAAAGGUCAAUUGUAAGACUACAUUUGAAGGCGUGUACCAGUUUACAUAUCUGAGUCGAGAGAGUGGUGGUGGUAUCUGUGACAGUCCCAAGAGUUUGAUCAAAGCUUGCCAGGAGCCUGGUUCACCGUAUGUCGACAAUGAAGUGUUUGAUAUGUACUUUGGUUUCUGUCUGGCUAUCAAAUCAUCAUUCAAACAAGGUAUUCGUUUCCAGUGUAUGGGAACUUGGACAGAGGAAGGUGGCAACAUCUACUCAGGAGUGGCAAACCUUGGAGCAAAUUCAGAUGAGGAUAAAUUCAGGUGUAUUAUGACAAAUGAAGAUCAGCAGCGUACUGACAUGAAGAAACGUUACGUCAUGUCGAUCAAGUCAGAUUGCUCCAAGCUCCAGGGUAUUGGUACCGGUCCAGUGGAACUUGUGCUUACACCAGAAUUGACUGAGGCUCAGUACAAGGAGAUCACACCGUCAUGUAACUUCCCCAUGGACUACGUUGGCAACUGGUUCACAACAGGAGAAUAUGAUAGUGAGGUCGAGAUCAAUAAUACACAUGUUUACUUCAAGACGAAGCUCGAUCAGUAUCAUUUCCGUGAGACAUUCUUCACCUGUCAGCAGAAUAGGGAGACACGCUACCUGAUGGCUGCCGUCACCAGAGGCAAAUGCGAGGUGGAUUACAUUUGUUUUGACUUCAUGCCCAGACAGCAUAACAUCAUCCGAUACAGAAUGGCCAAACCAUACCGUCUAACAACAAAUGAGCGAAAACUACCAGAUUACAAGGCCAGGAAGUUCCUUGAAGCCUGCAGUUGGUCCUCUUUCAAUUUCAACCAGGAGGAGUGGAAAUACAACACACUGAUCUUGAACCCACCAAAUCCUGUUCCCUGUCCAAUUGCGGGGAUGUACGCCUUCACCCAGAAAGGCCUGCAGAGUGAGUUGUACAAGGAUCGUAUCAGAGGUAUCACUGAACGUCCCUGGAUGCAGGUUGAUUGUCGCCAGUAUGAACAGCAAUUCAAAGCCUGCCGCCAGGAUUUGAAGAAGAUUUUAAUUGAUGCCAGACGCUGCGUGACUUUGGACAUGAUUGCAAGACCGAUCGGAGAAUAUGACGCUUGGGAUCAUGAGCUGCUGUGUGUCGGCUAUUGGAUGGAAGAUUCUAAAUCGUACCUUAUCACAUAUGAUGAGGAGGAUCCCAAUUCAAAGUACAGGUGUUGGGUGUACCGGCGUAUUGAUUAUAAGACCAUCCUGAUGUCGAAGGCCUCGCGAUCAGCUUGCCACGUGGGACAGAAUGCGGAUAGCUUUGAAGCAAAAGAGGGCGCCAGCUUGGCUCUCGAGCUCCACGAAUGGGAGCAAGAGUUUGAUGAGUGUCCUCAGUGGUACGCUGAUGGUGAGAAGGACUCUAGCAACCGUCCAGACAUGCUCUACCUUGCAGGAUCUGCCUCCAACCGUGCUAGCAUCAUCACAGCUGUAUCAUUGCUCCUUGUAACUUUGUACUUCAAUUAGAAACCUGAGAGCUCUUCAUAUACUUACGCCAUGCCACCUUCUGAUCAUAUGACUGCAGUGUGUUUAGAAAGUGACAUGGUGGCUGAUACGGCUUGGUGUGAUCCUCUUUCAGUCCAAUGGUAACAGAGGAAUCAUUCUCCUAUUGGAAGUAUUGCAGUCUGUCACAUAGCAAUAGGACAUUGUCAUUGACCAUGGAGUGACUUGUGAAAACCUCAAAAUCCUCCAUGGUAAGUUGUGUGUUACUGUUAUCCAUCCUUCUCUGAAUCCAUCCACUCGUCUGAGGAAUUUGUUCGGUUCAAUUUCUAUGAAAACUGGUUUUGUUUGACUAUUCCAACAAAAUCAUUAUCUAAUUUUUUCUUUUAUCUUGAUUUCCAGUUGAGCUCAUUUAUAUGAGAUCAUACACAACCUUUGUGAAAAACCAAAUAUAUUUAGUAUUGAUUGUAUAUUGGCAUUUUCUUUCUAUGCUGCUUUUUACAGCGCUUUCUGUUCGUUCACAUUCCAACUUAAAUAGAAUAGGCUGUCUCAAAGAUGGAAUUCAUCCUCAAGUGACUUUUAAUUUGGGACACCCUGUAUAUAUAUAAUUUGAUUAAAUCAACUGUACAUAGAAUCAAUUGUGAAAGCAUGUAAAUAAUGUUUUGUAUUAGUUCAGUUUUAAGUGUUGUAAUGUUCACUAUCAGCUCACAGAAAAAGUCAGAGGGACUUACAUUAAUCUGAGUGACAUCAAGAUCUAACAUAGGGAAGAUGAAUGGUCUAAAGACGGGUCAAGGAGGCCAUCUUCAUCUGAACUAAUAAGCUGAGAUUCAACAAAAACAAUGUCUUCAAAUUGCAGAUGCAUGCAUAACACCAAGUUAAUACAUACUUGGUAUUACACUGUCACUAAAUUUCUGUGAGCUGAUUAGUGUACAUUACAGGGUUCAAACAUAUACGAAUAUAAUAUCUGAAUGUACAAAUGUCGAGUUUUGAAUGAUAAUUAGUAUUUUUUAACAUAUCAUCAAAUGACUCAUAAGGCGUGUUAACCUGAUUAUGAUUGGUUGUCUAUGAUAUUGUCUUUCUUGUGUACAUUCCAUGUUUAGUGGAGGGGGACUCCAGGGAACCUUUCAUCAAUCCUUGUCAGUUCUUUGUGCUAAAACCUUCAUAAAACAUGCCUCAUUUUGGAGAAAUCUAUGAACCUCUUGAGUGGUUUGAAGCCAGUUGUCUGUAGCUUUUCAAUCAGACUACUGAGUGGUGUCAGUGUCUUCUAUUUCAUCUCGACAGGAAACACCCGGAUCCCCCUUAAAUAACUAAUCAAUCGUCCAUGCUUUUUGCAUCCAUUGUUGUACAUAAACGUUUUAUACCUGCCAUUGUUUUAUUAUUAUAUGCCGCCAAUUUCCACAUAUCAUGUGUAUAUUUUGCAAUGUAGAUUGUAGGGUGAAAUGAAUUUAAAGUUAUGAAAUGUAUUCCUAUAUCCUACGUAAUGUAGCAGAACCUUCAUCAGUUUUGAUAUAAUGAGACGAUUGGUCAAGUAACGUUACGUAAGGUUGCUUCAGCUUGCAGUGGGAAUACACACUUUUCUAUACAUCAUGGACUUGAUGAGGGUUCUGCAUCAUUUAGUAAGUGUCAUUUGCUUAAAUACCGGUACUGGUAUUGGUAUUGUAUUCAAGACAUGAUAUAUACUGCAUCCGUUCUGCAUUCCUGUUUGUCCAAAAUAAUUUAUAUUUUACCAAAUCAGUUUUUCAGGUUUUAGACAUCCUCAACCAGGAACUAACAUGAUUGUCGAACUGCUUGUUUCAUAAUGUGUAGUUUGUUUACCUUGACAACAUGAUUACACGUUUUGAAUUUGUUGACUCUUUGGUCAGACUGCAAACAAGAAUCUUAUCGUAUUAUGAGCUUGGUGAAGUGAAGUAGUAAUCAGCCUUAUGAUUAACCAUUUUACACGUGUCAAUUCAUUUUUUUCUAUUUCUAAACAUUCCAGUUAAGAUUUUUAAUGCCUGGCUGUAUGAUGGUCCUGUUGGUUGCUAAAACGGGUAAAUUAUUCUGUACCACAAUUUUAUCGUUGGGCGGCAUGUAGAGAUGUAUGCAUUCCUUGUUCAGGUAAUUGUCAUCUACCAAAGUGGUUUGAAAUGCACUAAGGUAUUGACUCAACAGUGAGAUAUGGUUAUUCUGCCUGAAAACGUGCAAAGUUAAACUGCACUGUGUGAUCCUGAUUGGGGCUGUAUUUGUAUCAUGUAGAGAAAUCUUAUAAUAAAUGAUAUAUCAUAAAGAAA